CCCUUCGCCAAAACCCCAACCCCCAAGUGUAAAUUAUUUUGCUGUUUUGGAACAAUCAAGAAGACAAAAAGGUCCAAGAAAAAGUGAUAAAUAAAAAAUGCCAACUCUAAAUCUGUUCACAAAUGUGCCAGUAGAUGCAGUAGUUGCUUCCGAUAUUCUUAAAGAUGCUACUAAAGCUGUUGCCAAAAUCAUUGGCAAACCCGAGUCAUAUGUGAUGAUCUUGUUGAAUGGAGGAGUUCCUAUUGCAUUUGCUGGUACCGAAGCUCCUGCUGCCUACGGAGAAUUAAUCUCCAUUGGUGGUCUUGGACCUAGUGUGAAUGGCAAACUCAGUUCAACCAUUGCAGAGAUUCUUCAAACAAAGCUGUCAAUAGACAGCGGCAGAUUCUACAUAAAGUUUUAUGAUUCUCCGGUAAGUCUUUACAAAAACAAAGAAGGAAAUGAUUUUCUUAAUUAGGUUUUGUGCAAGGCGCUUCCUUUUGUCUUGAGAAACUAAAGGACUCAUCUACUGCUUUUCUUUUAGAUGCCUGAAUUCAAUUGGAGCCAGUUCAAUCAGCCCUAGCGAAGUUGAGACCCUGUUUUUUAAAGUUGGUGUGAUAUAUUGAGCAUAUUGUAGGUUGUUUAAUAGUACGGAUCACUCUGCAUUUAAAUUGAAUUAUCUGUGAAGUUUGUUCAUUAGAUCAAAUUUCUGGAGAAGAACUACUUAAAAGUGUACAUCUUGAAAACAACUUUUACAUUAAUUUUAACUGAGGUUGCAUAGU